AUGCGAAGUUCCCUCUUCUCUGCUUGCGGAGCGCUGCUCUUCUCCGCUGGCGCCAUCGCCUCCGAUGCGCCUUGGACUAACUACACUUACAAGACUGGUCCUUGGCAGCCUCCCCAGCUGCUCAUCGACAGAACCGAUGCUGUCGACCCGGGCUUAAUUUUCAUCCCCGUUCGUAACAGCAACACCGAUGGAACUGCAGUGACCAUUUACAACAAUGAUGGCCAGCUUAUCUACCAGGGUCCUGAGGAGAUUACCAUGGACUUCAAGGUGCAGUCUUUGUACGGCAAGAAUGUCAUCACUUUCUGGUCUGGUACUCCUCAAAUCUCUGGUGGCUUCGGAUACGGAACAGUUCACAUCCUUGACGACACCUACAAUGAGAUUUACACAGUCACCCUCCAGGAGGAUUUCCAGACUGCCGAUGGCAAGUCCUGGGACUCUUACAUUGACGUCCACGAGCACAUCAUCACCGACCGCAACACCCUCAUUGUCUCUGCUAUCAACGUUACCCAGUAUGACCUCAGCUCUGCUGGAGGCCCCAGCGAUGGUUGGAUUACCGUCAGCCAGUUUUACGAAAUCGAUAUCCCUACCAACAAGGUUGUCUACAAGUGGGAUGUUCUGGACCACCAGGAGGCAAUCCCCCUGUCUGGUUCCAAAUACCCUCCUCCCUCUAACAACGCCCGCGAGACUCCCUGGGAUUGUUACCACUUGAACUCCGUUGAGGCCACCAACGAUGGCUUCCUGGUGUCUUUGCGCUUCUACUGGUCUGCAUUCUACCUGAACCAGGAUGGUACCGUUCGCUGGCAGUUCUCUGGCGCUGGUGACGACGAGGGUGACUUCACCGGUGAUGAUAACCUUUUCUCCUGGCAACACCAUUUCCGUAUCUAUAACGAAACUGACGAGUCUCUUGUCCUGAGUGUGUUCAACAAUGCCAACGGCCAACAGCAGUCUCAGAGUAUUACUACUGGCAUGGCCUUCGACGUGGACCUGACUAGCAUGUCCGCAACCCUGAUGCACAACUUGACUGACCCCAAUGACCCCCUCAAGACCCAGACUCAGGGCAGCUUCCAGUUCCUGGGUGCCGCAUCCACUGCCUCCAACGUGUUCAUAGGCUACGGCUCCAUCCCCAAGGUCAAGGAAUAUGAUGGUGCUGGCAAUGUCGUGCUGUCCGGCCAGUUCGACCCUCUCGGCCAUGGCGAGUCUUACCGUGCCUUCAAGUCUGAAUGGACUGCCACCCCACUCUGGAGCCCUGUUGCUGUGGCUGAGAAGUCCGACAGCGGCGUUGAUGUCUACAUGAGCUGGAAUGGUGCUACCGAGUAUGACAACUGGGCUAUUUACUCUGUUCCCACUGCUUCUUCCAACUCCACAACUUUCCUCACCACCAUGAAGCGUACUAGCUUCGAGUCCCACGCGACCCUGAGCGAUGUGAAGACCGGCUACAUUAAGGUUGCUGCUCGCAAGGGGAACUCUGUCUUGCGUUUCUCGGAUGUUGUCAGCGUUUGA